AUGGGCAAACCCUCUGCCGCUGAGGCUGCGGCCGACUCCGUCUCACUGCACACGAAUCCUGGCGAGAGUUCCAUGUACAUCGACGACGACGCGCCCGAGCUUUCUAUCGAUGAUCUGCCGCCGACCUACGAUGAUGCGUUCGAAUCGUCCGAGGGCGCUCCGAUGCUCCCUCACCAGCACGAAGUAGCUGGAGACAUGGUCACCGCGAGGGCCCGUCCAGGCGAGCCAGGCGCGAAAUUCAUCACGGACCUCAAUACUGGUGCUCAGUCCUGGGUGACGAAGACUCUCGAGAAUCCCACCACUCUCGAACAGUUUGUUCGCCGCCUUGCCACCGUUCCGCCACGCCCGUACAUUACGAUUGUGGGCACACACUCGCAGACGACCAAGGACAGCAAGGGAAAAACCGAAAAAAAGACCAUCACUGACUUCGAUGUCUCGGUGGAGCUUACGCCCUAUCUAUACUCAGACGCACAGUACCGCAAGUCCUGGACUCACAUGCGUACUGUCGACAAUGGGGAGAAGGCACGGCGUGGAACCGUCUUCCAAAAACGCGCGCCAGGCUCCAAUCAGAGUAUUGAGGUGGGUAACGAACCGAAACCGACCCUUCAGGAGUGGUGUCAUCGGUACGCCGCCAGUCAUGCUGGAUUGAAGGUAUUCACCCUGCAGCGGCGAAUGGUGGGAUUUGAUGAAGAGACUGUCAAGGCGCGCCUGGAGACAAUGGUGCGCGGCACGAACUACCGCGGUCAUCUGCAGGUUCGGGUUGUCACCAAGGACGCUCAGAUGGAUUUCUACAACAACGCGAAGCUUAACCGAUGGCGCUUCACGACGUGGAUACAGUGGCUGUGCACGCUCACGCUGUUGUUCAUCUUCACCUGGCCCUACCUCUAUCUGCGAACGAAGCGGUGGGAGGUCGCCGUAGCCGAGUGGCCAUACUCAAGAAUGGGCGAGGGUGGCAACAAGGAAUACGUCAGCAUCAGCGAGGACCAGUGGUACAACAUGUGGGGACGAGCUAUAUGCAAGGCUGUCUUGGAGAAGAGACAGAAGGUGCUUGACCAGGAAGACCUGCGAAGAGAGGCCGAGGCUCAGGCUACCUUCAACUCUGGCAACGAAACGGUCGAUGGCGCUGUGGGUCUCUUCAGGGCUGGUAUAUUUGCCAUGAACGAAGUGAAUCGGCAGCUCGGCUGGGGCGGAGAUUGCUAG